GCUGGAUGCGGAGAGUUUGGAGUUGGAGGGCAGGGAAGGGAGCAGGGCCUGGGGGCGGGGGGAAAAGAGGGGUGCUGGUGGAUGCUAUAUCUGGGAGUAAGUUUCCAAGAACGAGAGCGCCUGCACGCUUGCUUGCUAGCUACUCGGCUCGCCCCCCAUCUCACCCCCCAAGUGGAGAUUGGUCGUCUUGUCGGAUCGCCCAGGCACUUGUUGCCGAAACAGCCAAGGCUUUGGCUCUGGAGAAUGCUGAAGGAGGAAGACGCGGGAGCAAGGCGACCCUGAAGGAGUCACCAGCCAUCUUAAUCCUGAAACAGACCCAGGUCUCUUCUUCCCGCCUGCCUAGCAGCAUGAGAACAGCAUGACUGGCCAGCCGCAGGAGAAGCCCCCAGAGCCAGGCCCCCAACACAGCCAUCCGCUACCACGGUCAAGGUGUGAACGACAUUUCCCCACCACGGUGGUGUCUGGUCCAUACCUCAGCCCGGGGGAGGAUGUAGACACCUCGGCUCUGCAGAUGAGUGGUUCAAACCGGCACGAACCCCUGCCUCCAGCCCCCCUCACAGACAUGUCGGCCGUGGAGUAGGCUCGACACUUUCUCUCAUCUUCUCAGGGUUUCAGGAUUUUUUUAUUUUCUUCAUUUCCUUUUUUUUUUUUUUUCCUGUGGCUGAACAUUCAUAAUCAUGGGGGACCAGCAGUUGUACAAGACCAACCAUGUGGCCCACAGUGGUGAGAACCUCUUCUACCAACAGCCACCUCUUGGUGUCCACAGCGGGCUGAACCACAGCUAUGGGAGUACAAUCUCGGGGGCCGGAAUGGAUGCCCCGCAGGCCUCGCCCAUCUCGCCUCACUUCCCUCAAGAUACUCGGGAUAGUUUGGGCUUGCCAAUUGGCUCCAAAAACCUUGGCCAAAUGGAUACCUCCAGGCAGGGAGGAUGGGGAAGCCAUGCGGGUCCUGGGAACCAUGUCCAGCUUCGUAGCAACUUGGCCAACUCAAACAUGAUGUGGGGGUCGCCGGCCCAGGUAGAGCCCACUGAUGGCUACCAGUACACUUAUUCCCAGGCCAGCGAGAUCCGGACCCAGAAACUCACCAGUGGUGUUUUACACAAGCUGGACUCUUUCACCCAGGUGUUUGCCAACCAAAACCUGCGAAUUCAGGUCAACAAUAUGGCCCAGGUGCUGCACACUCAGUCAGCAGUGAUGGAUGGAGCCUCUGACAGCGCUCUUCGCCAGCUGCUCUCUCAGAAGCCCGUGGAGCCCUCAGCAUCAGCUAUAGCGUCUCGCUACCAGCAGGUGCCCCAGCAGCCUCACCCUGGUUUCACAGGUGGACUGCCCAAACCAGCCCUUCCGGUCGGGCAGCACGCUCCCCAAGGGCACCUGUAUUAUGACUACCAGCAGCCCCUGGCCCAGAUGUCAAUGCAAGGAGGACAGCCACUGCAAGCCCCUCAGGUGCUGUCCAGCCAUAUGCAACCAAUGCAGCAGCACCAGUAUUACCCACAGCCGCCGCCUCAGCAGCAGCAAGCCGGACUGCAGCGGAUCUCGAUGCAGGAAAUGCAGCAGCAACCGCAGCAGCAGAUUCGCUCCUCACAGCCUCAGCAGCAGCAGCAGCUCCAGCUGCAGCAGCGGCAGGGUUCACUGCAGAUACCUCAGUAUUAUCAGCCCCAACCCAUGAUGCAACACUUGCAAGAGCAGCAGCAGCCCCCGAUGCCCCUGCAGCCCCCUUCCUAUCACAGGGACCCUCAUCAGUAUACCCCGGAGCAGGCACAUGCUGUCCAGCUGAUCCAGCUGGGCUCCAUGCCGCAGUAUUACUAUCAGGAGCCUCAACAGCCCUAUAGCCACCCCCUCUAUCAGCAGAGCCACCUGUCCCAGCACCAGCAGCGUGAAGACAGUCAGUUGAAGACCUACUCUAGCGACAGGCAGACUCCGGCUAUGCUGAGCUCCCACGGGGACAUGGGGCCCCCAGAUACAGGGGUGGUAGACCCAGCAAGCUCAGAAAUGACCCGAGUCAGCAGUACCCUUCCUCACCAACCACUCCUGUCCCCCAGUGGAAUCCACCUCAACAACGUGGGGCCCCAGCAUCAGCAGCCGUCUCCCAGUGCGAUGUGGCCCCAGAUGCACCUACCUGAUGGGAGAACGCAGCCGGGGUCCCCGGAAUCAAGCAGUGGCCAAACCAAAGGAGCGUUCGGGGAACAAUUUGAUGCCAAGAACAAGCUGACUUGCUCCAUCUGCCUGAAGGAGUUCAAAAGCCUGCCUGCCCUGAAUGGCCACAUGCGGUCCCACGGGGGAAUGAGGGCCUCGCCCAGCCUCAAACAGGAGGAAGGAGAGAAGGCCCCACCGCCACCGCCUCAGCCUCAGCCUCAGCCUCAGCCCCAGCCGCCACUGCCACCUCCACCUCCGCCGCCACCGCUCCCUGCUGAGGCAGAACGCCUCACGCCUAUGGUCAUGCCCGUGUCUGUCCCUGUCAAGCUUCUCCCACCCAAGCCCAGCUCUCAGGGGUUCACCAACAGCGUCGCUGCCACCCCCUCGGCCAGAGACAAGCCAGCCAGCUCGAUGUCGGACGACGAGAUGCCUGUGCUCGUGAGGAUGACCCUGUCCCCCCCUCACUCUCCCCAAGGGGCUGCCCCCUGUGCGCCUGCUGAAAUCCCCCGGAAACAGCAUCCACCCAUCACCGCCAAAGUUGAGGAGCCCCUCAAGACCCUACCAGAGAAGAAGAAGUUCCGGCACCGGCCUGAGCCGCUCUUCAUCCCGCCACCACCUUCUUCCUAUACUCCCAACCCCACUUCUUACUCGGGGGCUACCCUAUACCAGAGCCAGCUGCGCUCCCCACGCGUCCUCGGGGACCACCUGCUCCUGGACCCCGCCCACGAGCUGCCCCCCUACACGCCGCCACCCAUGCUGAGCCCGGUGCGCCAGGGCUCAGGGCUCUUCAGCAAUGUCCUCAUCUCGGGCCAUGGCCCAGGAGUGCACCCCCAGCUGCCCCUCACUCCCCUCACGCCCACGCCACGCGUGCUGCUGUGCCGCUCCAGCAGCAUCGAUGGCAGCAAUGUGACAGUCACCCCAGGACCUGGAGAGCAGACUGUGGACGUUGAACCACGCAUCAACAUUGGCUUGAGAUUCCAAGCAGAGAUCCCAGAACUGCAAGAUGUCUCCGCCCUGGCUCAGGACACACACAAGGCCACGCUGGUGUGGAAGCCGUGGCCUGAGCUGGAAAACCAGGCCCUCCAACAACAAGCAGUGGAGAAUCUUCUGAAUUUGUGCUGCUCCAGUGCGCUGCCGGGUGGAGGGACCAAUUCCGAAUUUGCGCUGCACUCUCUCUUUGAGGCCAAAGGUGAUGUGAUGGCUGCUCUGGAAACGCUGCUGCUACGGAAGCCAGUCAGGUUAAAAUGUCAUCCUUUAGCAAACUACCACUAUGCCGGCUCUGACAAGUGGACCUCUCUAGAAAGGAAACUGUUUAACAAAGCACUGGCCACCUACAGCAAGGACUUUAUCUUUGUGCAGAAGAUGGUGAAGUCCAAGACAGUAGCUCAGUGUGUGGAGUACUACUACACCUGGAAGAAGAUAAUGCGGCUAGGGAGGAGACACCGGACACGCCUAGCGGAAACCAUUGAUGACUGCAUGACAAGUGAAGAGGAAGAAGAGGCAGAGGAGGAAGAAGAGGACCCGGAAGAAGAUAGGAAAUCCAUAAAAGAAGAGGAGAGUGAAGUGGCCAAGUCACCAGAGCCACCACCUGUCCCUGCCCUGGCUCCCACUGAGGGGCCACCCCUGCAGGCCGCUGGCCAACCAUCUGGCUCUUUCAUCUGUGAAAUGCCCAACUGUGGGGCUGACUGUAGAUGUCAUGUGACUCCCUUUCUUCCCCAGGUGUUCAGCUCCCGACAGGCACUGAAUGGCCACGCCCGCAUCCACGGCGGCACCAACCAGGUGGCCAAGACCCGAGGUGCUGUCCCCUCUGGGAAGCAGAAGCCAGGUGGCACUCAGAGUGGGUACUGUUCAGUAAAGAGCUCACCAUCACACAGCACCACCAGUGGAGAGACAGACCCCACCACUAUCUUCCCCUGCAAGGAGUGUGGCAAGGUCUUCUUCAAGAUCAAAAGCCGGAAUGCACACAUGAAAACCCACCGGCAGCAAGAGGAGCAGCAGAGACAGAAAGCUCAGAAGGCAGCUUUCGCAGCAGAAAUGGCAGCCACCAUCGAGAGGACUACUGGGCCGGUGGGGGCACCUGAGCUGCUGCCCCUGGACCAGCUGAGUCUCAUGAAGCCGGUCAAGGACGUGGACAUCCUGGACGACGAUGUGGUCCAGCAGUUAGGGGUCAUGGACGAGGCCGAGGUGGUGGGCACGGAUCUGCUCUUGGAUGACCAAGAUUCGGUUUUGCUUCAGGGUGACACAGAACUCUAAGCCCCUCGUUCAUCACCUAGAGACACAGAAGGCACGGCCUCCACCUUCAUCAGUCAGGAAAACCUGGACUUCCUGCUCCUUUGAAAGCCCUUUUAAACUACCUGUUUAAAAAGUGGUCCUUUUCUUCAGGUUCAAGGAGGGGAAACAAAUCCAGUUCUUUUCUCUUUUACCUUCUUUUCAAUUGUUUUUGUUGGGGGUUGGGGGGAAUAAAAAAUUGGCACAACUAUCUUUAAGAGGUGUCUCAUCUGGGCUGUGUUCUCGCGAGGCCACUUCCCGCGGGGAUGAGCCUCAUGUUCGUGUUGCUUUGCUUUCCAAUGUCAGCCACCCUGGUUGCCUUUUAUCUCCAAAAUUGAUGUGAGUGUGUGAGUGUGUGCAGGCGUGUGUGUGCAUGUGUGUGCGCGGGUGUGUGCAUGCUACGUGUGUGCGUGUGUUGCUUGUGUGUGUGUCCGCGCAUGUGUGCGUGUGUGUGUGCGUGCGUGUGUGUGUGUGUGUAGGAAGCAGAUUACCCCAUUUAUACUGGGACUUUAGGCCAUGUUUUCCCAUCAAGAAUUAUUCUUAUUCUGCUCUGACCUGCCUGAAAGCCUUCCCUCUCUCGGGUCAGAAGAACCUAUUUUUCUUUCUUUCUUUUUUUUUUUUUUUCCUCAACAUGGUUCAUGGCCAGUGGAAUUCUAAACUUACUUUGCACCACUUGAACAUACUGUGAAACCUUUUCACUCCGAUUGCUCAAAUUGUCUGUGCUGGUCUGAGGUCUGCCUAGAUGUUAGCUACAGAGAGAUAGCGUUUUCUAACACACAGAAAUAGCAGAUGCAAUGGAAAGCCAACAAAAAUAGGCUCAGAUUCAAGUUCGCUACAGUGCUUGCAUUCAAAUAAUGAAUGUAUUCGUUACAAGUCACUUACCAAAGCGAUUGUGGACUUCUCUAAGCUACAUGACUUUGCUCUGCCCCUGACAGCAGGGGGCACCAUUUGUACUUGAAGGCAAUAAACCUGUAACCCUUCAAAAAAUGUCAUUGCCCAGGCUUUUGGGCUCAGUUGGGCUGACCCCCUCCCACUGUCAGUACACAGUCGGACUGGAACCCUGCCCCUGGUCCGGAGGAGCUCCCGUCAGCCCUCCUUCUGCAUUCAUGGCCUCUGGCCUCCAGGCCGAGUGUCUUCAGGUCUUAACCCUCCUUGAGUAGACUAGCUCCCCACUCUAUGUAAAUGUAACUGUCAUGUUGGGCCUCUGUGCUGGCCAUGAUUAGCUUGGCAUUAGAGAGCAUCCUAGCGGAGGAAUGGAGCUGGGCAUCCUUCGUAUUGGAUUCUACAAAACCAUUUGGCACAGAUUCAGGGGGCCUGGGGGCCAUGGCCCUCCACAGCCCCACUCAGGCAGUGGCUUCUGAGUUUCAGGAAAGCACACAGAAGACUGUUUUCAGAGAUUCUUUUCCUUUCUAUCCUUGUUUCCAGAACUAUCCUGAGGUUCUUUCUUGGUGAAGGUGGGGUGUUUUCGUUGCUAUUGUUUCAAGGGUUACUGUAGCCUGUGUAUGAUCUCAGAAGCGUUGAGUUAAAGACUGCCUGGGCAUCAUGCGUGAGCUUUCUUUCCGAGCCACCCAGCCGCCACUCAGCUGCAGAGCACAAGGCUCUGUCUGCCUCUACGUCUGGAAAAGCAUAGCCACACAAAAGAGCAAAUGCCCAGGGCUUUAGAAAGUCCAUGCACUUCUGCUCGGGGAUUUGCCCAGUUUGAAACAUUAGAAAUAAACUGACCCGCCACCACCAAUAGCCAAUACAUAAUGUAAUUUUGGUUUCUCCAUGCAGUAUAGCGUAAGGAAUAUUUUGACUUGAAAUAACCAAAGAACUCCUCCUUACUGAGACAGUUCAUGCACCUGGGUUAGUAUUUCCCGGCUAUCAACUUAAAGAAUUGACUUCUUGUUAAAAUAUUGCACUUUUUUUUUUCUGGAAAUGAUUCUAUCUGCAUGUGUGUGUUGUGUUUUAGCUGCCCCCUCCCCCCGGCCCUAAAGAACUUCUCUUCCUAAUGGCUAAUGUCUUCACACGGCUCCUGGUUGACGCAAUGGUUUUUCAGUAAUGAAUUUAGACUCCCUUUGAGAAAGCUUGUAUAUAAAAAGUUAACAGAUAUAUUUUAUGGAAAAACCCAUCUUAUUUUCAGAUAUAUUUAACUGCUGUUCUAUUUUAUUAGAGGAAGGUUGUAAAUAUUUUCUAGGCGUUCUAUUGUAAAGAAAAGUAUUUUUGAAAAAAAUUAAUGUAAUAAAAAGGAAACCAUUUUUAAGUAGUGGCUGUGACUGCUUCCUGCUCUGCUUUCGUUCCGUCGCGUUCUUGGCCAGCGGCUUGCAUGCCUUCAUAGCGGGAUGUGAUUUGGGUUUGCGCUGUUCGAGUUGACAUCAUAGUUUCCAAUGUGCUUAACUGACUGUUUCUGGAAUGCAGCUCCCUCGGUCCAGAGCAAAGUGCUGUGUGUAGUCUACUCAUGGUUUUUCUUUUGUAAUGUGUGUAUUUUUAAAAAGGAUUUUAUGUAACAUUUUGGCAAAAACAAAAAAUGAAGAGGACAGUAUUUUCUAUGACUUUUAUAAUAACAUUUUGCUAAAAAUGUUUCUUCCGAAGUCAGUUUUUGUUAAGGCAAACCAAAAGUCUUAUUUUCCAGGGGUUUAAAAACAAAGUUUGAAGCUGGAAAGCAAAUUCUACCUAAACAUCAUAUGUGACAAAUGAAUAAAGACGUUU